GAUAAAGGCAGGACUCAGGCUUAGCAGCCGCAUUCCCUCCCUUGUCUCCCAGAACUUUCCAAGCCUUCUGGGGAGCCACACAGGCCAGCUCGCUGACAUGCAAGAGGUGGUCCUGAGCCUGCUCAUCUUCCUGGCAGGCCUGCCUGCCCUGGAGGCCAAUGACCCAGAAGAUAAAGACAGUCCUUUCUACUAUGACUGGCAGAGGCUCCGGAUCGGUGGGCUCAUCUGUGCCGCGGUUCUGUGCACCAUCGGCAUCAUUGUCCUCUUGAGUGAGUGGGGACCCUGGUGGCUGAGCUGGCAGGGCAGGGCUGUGGGUCCCCUCCCCCCAACCGUUCCUUCUCCCCCAACAGGUGGGAAAUGCAAAUGCAAGUUCAGCCAGAAGCCCAGCCACCAUCCGGGGGACGCCCCACCUCUCAUCACUCCAGGCUCUGCCCAGAACUGCUGAGGAUGCAUCACCCAAAAGGACAUAGAGGUCCCUUCUCUUGCCUCAAGUCCUAGCUCUGCACAGGAGCCCGGACACCAGGAUAGAAUUCUCCUUCCUUGCCUCAGACCACCUUGCCAGGGCUUCAUCUUACCUCUCUCUGGAGGGGUCUUUUUGCUCAAUUUGUAUUCUUAAAAUUGAUCUCGCCUCCUGUCCAAA